UAGUUCGUUAAAAUUGCAAGAUGAAAGAAGUAGAGGAAAUAUCACAGGCAGAAAAAGUGCAACUUAAAAAAGAAGAAGAAAUUUUAAAAAUUAUUCGAAAUCAUAAUGCUUCAAAUUCAUUUCUGGACCUUGCAGCACGCUCAAUGAUGUUUGUUCCGGAGGAAUUGUAUAUGCUUCCCAACAUACAGCAACUUUAUUUGGAAAGUAAUCUGCUAGAAGAAUUACCAGAUGACUUCUUUGAAAGUUUACCUAGGUUAACAUGGCUCGAUUUACGAGAUAAUAAACUGGCAGAUUUACCAUCAAGUAUUGGAAACCAUCGGAACCUUAAAAAUGUUCUGCUUGAAAGAAAUCAAAUUACACAUCUACCACUUGAACUUGGAAAUGUACAAACGAUCACAGGUCUUUCUCUUCGUGGAAAUCCUCUGAUAUUGCCUCCACCUGAAAUUGUAGAACAAGGUGUACAAGUUAUAUUGUCCUUUCUGCUUGAGGAAUUGAAUAAUGUUGGAAAUAUGGAGGAUAUGGAUGAAGAAAAUGAAUGGGAUUAUGAAAAUGAUAAUGAUUACUAUCCAGAAGAUGGCAAUGAAAUGAUUAAUAAUAAUUCGCCAUACAUGGAAGAAAAACGAAGAGAGCAUGAAGCGAUGCUUCAAGGUCCGACACUAGUACCAGCCAUGUUUCAUCGACCAAAUUCAAGGAACAAGCACACUCGAACUCCGUGGAGAGAUAAGAGAUUUGAUAACUCAUUGGGUGGCAGUGUUAGAGUGAACAACAUCAGUCUUGUCAAUGGUUCCAGCUCAUCUCCAAAAACGGAUAAAAUGGAAUAUCAAAAUAAACUAGCAUUGUCCCAACAAAGAAAAAAAAAUAGCAUGGUACUUGAUGAAUGGAGACAAGAAGCCAAAAAAUUGCAAACUAUAUUGCUACCAAGAUCUAGAACGGAAAUCAGUCAAGCUGUUCCACCUUAUGGAAUUGACACCCCUCCAAUGGAAGCUAGACCUGUUACUGAGGAAGAACGAAGAAUCCAUUUUGAUGCUGUGGAAGAAAAAGUUGACAGAGUUGAACCGAAAAAUGCAAAACCAAAAUCAAGCAAAGUUUCCAAGCAAAAACUAAUGAAAGAGAUAGCUGAAAACGAAGUUGACAAUGAAAUAAAAAUGAUAACAAAGAUGACGCAUAAUAUACUCGAAAUCAACAAUUCCACUGAAAAGAAAAAAGAGGAAACAAUUAAAUCAGAAGUGCAGUUAGGGCAGCAAGUUUUCACCAGCAAGAAAAAUGUUUAUGUGAAGCCAUCCAGCAAACAAAAUCAGGAACGAAUGGACAGCGAAGUUCAGGCAAGAAUACGACAACAUACAUCGCAACUUCGAACCAGAAAACAAAAGAAUGAUAAUAUAUUGAAACCGGGCCGAGAACUACAACGGGAACUCUUAGAGGAAAAGAUGUCUCGCGAUCAGCAAUUAGAAUAUAGAUUCCGUGCUUUCACUGGCGACUCUUCCUCAUUUUCAAGUUCAAAGAAAACUUCAUCUUUAUAGGAUUUAAAUGGAAAUAAGCAAUCUAUCAACUACUAUCAAUAAAUCGAUUUGCACAUUGAGAUUACAUGUAAACGUUUUGCUUGUAGUUUCUAGUAGUUUUUUGGGAGCUCCGGAAGUAUGUGUACCAAGAUGGCGCACAACCUGAACAUAGUAUAUGUACGAGAAUAGGGGUCAGGCUGCGCCAUUUUAUUGCACAUGAAUCAGGAGCGCCGUUUUGUGUUUGUUGUAUGCGGUAAUGAUCCAAUCCUUCUUGUUCAAUGAAUAUAAGAAAUUAGGAUUUUAGUUUGCAAUGCUUCCUUCACUAUAUCUGUUCGUUUACCUGUUUAGGAUCGCUUUCUACUGUUUAUGUUGCUUGCCCAUUUAUUUAUAAUAAAUGAUAGAU